CCGGAAGUAAUUCGUGACACAUGCAAAGUCAGGAACAUGUCUACAAGUUUGUCUACAACGGCCCAUAACUGUAACCUUUAAUUAAGGUUUAUCUUUGUUUAUCUACCCUUUGCGAUAGGAAAAGAAAGACUCAAUGAGCUGAUAAAAUAGAUUGUAUCACUAGCUUUACCAUUGGCUAAUCGUAAAAACCUCCAGGAUUUAUCAGAUUUGUUCUGAGCUCCGCAGGGGUGUUACAGUUGAAUUUCCACCCACCGUUGCUCACAUCCUCUGUGAAGGCCACAAUGAACAAAUCUUGCAUUAGUCUACUUCAGCUGUCCAGAAUGGGCUUCAGAUUCACAAGGGGGGCUAUAAUGCCACUUCAUUUUAUGGGACCCCGCAUGUACUGUAGUAAUGUCAAGGUCCGUUCCUAUCUCCAGUACAUGAAAAGAAAAAUUCGGCCUCCUCCCAAUCCUCCCUACAGCCAUGUGUGCCAAGUAGGUGACCCAGUGUUGCGAAGUCAUGCGUCAGUUGUGGACCCUGCCACUGUGAAAGGCGCAGAGGUCCAAAAAGUAAUUGCUACCAUGGUCAAAGUGAUGCGCAAAAUGGAAUGUGUGGGACUGAGUGCACCUCAGAUCGGGGUGCCUCUUCGUAUAUUGGCAAUGGAGUACCCACAGAAGAUGCUGGAUGAAACCCCAUCUGUGUUAAGAGAGGCACGAGGCCUGAGCGCGUUGCCUCUCAGAGUGUUUGUUAACCCACAGAUGAGAGUGUUGGACGGAAGGACUGUGGUUUUUCAAGAGGCAUGUGAAAGCAUCUCAGGGUUUUCAGCUGCAGUGCCACGCUACCUAUCUGUGGAAAUUUCAGGUCUCAAUGAGAAAGCAGAGCCAGUCACAUGGCAGACCAGCGGCUGGGCAGCUCGUAUUAUUCAGCAUGAGAUGGACCACUUAGACGGGGUCCUAUAUAUUGACCGCAUGGACAGUAAAUCAUUCAUAAAUAUUCACUGGCAGUCAUACAAUGAAUAAAAUACAUUAUUUUAACAUAA